AUGGAAGCUUUUGAUGAUGAAAAAAGUUCACGCUUUACACAUUCACAAGCUAUUUUUAAUCGAUGGAAAGCACCUGCAUUUGUUUUGAUUUCAUCAAGAAUUAUAUUACCAGCAAUGGCUUUUACUUUAAAAAUUCCUUCUUCUAUAGUUAGGAGUGAAAGAUCGAAAAAACUACCACUUAAAUCAUAG